CGAAAGGUAAAAUACAAAAUUACCCAAGAAAGUAUUCAGGAUAUUUGGGAGAGGUACAGUGAUGUUUUAAUGGACUAUCAGAUCGAUUUCUCAUCAUUGAUAUGACAACGUCAAGUAAAGGAAAAUCAUCGCUAACGAGAGAACGUUAUGACAAAUCUAACAGACGCUAUGUGGUCUUUGUUGGUUCCCUGCUCAUUCAUUUCAUCGCCAUGGCAAUGCCGUCUGCGAUGUUGGGGAUCGUUUAUGUUGACGUCAUCAGAGAAUUUGAAGCAGACGCUUCCUUGGUGGCUUUAAUGCAAUCUCUGUAUCGCGGUAUCGUGUUUGGUGGAGGAGUGGUAGCGGAACUUGUUAUCAGACGAGUAGGGGAAUUCCCGUGUAUGAUGGCUGGGUCAUUGUUAGGAAGCCUUAGUUUUCUAGCCGCAGCCUUCUCAGAAAGUGUUACCACAAUUGUUCUUCUUGUUGGUGUUGGUGGAGGAUGUGGAUUUGUGUUUGCAGCAUUCUUGUCAUAUGUCAAUACCAGACGAGCAUUCCAAGGUCACUCAUCUAUAAACAAGUUCCUUUCAUCUAUCAGCAUUGGAGCUGGAGUGGGGUUGUUCGUAACACCUUAUAUGACUGAGUAUUUCCUACUAGAGUUUGGAUGGCGAGGAACUUUCAUGAUAGCUGCUGGGAUAUUCUUUCAUCUUAACCUGAUUGGGAUAGCAGUGAAAUUAAAUUUACCGCCAUUAGAUAAGACUGAAUCUAAAGACUUCAAGUGGAAUGACCAAUUUGCCGUUUUCAAAAAGAGAGGGUUUUCAAUUUACAUACUCGAUGUUUCUCUCUUUGGAAUAUUUGGUUUCGCUGAGUCUUGGUUCCUACCGGAUUUCCUCGUCUCAAACAAUUAUACCAAAGAAGAUGCUGCCUUGUUACUUACUGUGAGCGGCAUAUUCAAUGUGGUUGGACGAAUACUCGCGGUACUUCUAUCAUCAUUCUUCAGUCGACCCAAGAUACUGUAUCAUUGGAGCUACAUUUGUUUAGCCUUGGCUCUCAGUCAUGCUCUAUACCCAUACUUCCUUCAGUCCCACCCUGUCCUUAUAGUCGCCUCUGGACUGUACGGUACUUGCUUUGGACUACUUAGUUCUCAAGGCGCACCCAUUAUUCUUCAGUCACUCCCCUUGGAUCUUUUUCCGAUUGGAACAGCAAUUGAAAUGACCUCCUAUGGAGUUUCAACUGCGGUUGGCGGAUAUAUUGGUGGAUUAAUUCGUGACCUCACAGGUGGAUAUGAAGGCGUCUUUUACACUGCAUCGGUAUCGUCCAUUAUUUGUUCGUUUGCGUCAUUGCUUCUCAUUAUUGUGGAUAACAUUUAUAAAAGGAGAGACAGAAAACACGUUCAUAAUAACAACUCUGUUUCGAUAAGCUCACACCUAUAAUAAUGCAUUUGAUAAUGUGGUCAUGAUAUUGAUAUCACGUGACGUGGCUUUAAGAACAUCCAUGAAAUUUCAGAAACGAUUGUUUAUCUUCACCAUUUCUAGUCGAUUUAAACAGUAUCCUUAAUUCAUAAAAUGUUUAACAGAAAAAAGUAUAUAGAAUGGAAUAACUAUUUCAUGUGAGCUCAAUUUUCGUAGAUUAGGUACUCGUAUCUUUAGAAUUUCAAACUACAAUUCUCGCGUGGGGAUCCGGGUUAGAAUAGAUCCUCAGUACCCCUUGGUUGUUGUAAGAGGCGACUAAAUGGGGCGGUCCUUCGGAUGAGACCGCAAAAACCGAGGUCCCAUGUCACAGCAGAUGUGGCACGAUAUAGAUCCCUCCCUGCUCAUUGGCCAUAAGUACCGAACAUAGGCCUAAAUUUCUCAGCCCUUCACCGGCAGUGGUGACGUCUCCAUAUGAGUGAAGUAUUCUCAAGAGGGACGUUAAACAAUAUACAAUGAAUUAUUCAAACCACAAUGGAAUACACAACUUGUAUAAUGUUCCAACGUACAGAAACCAUAUUCAUGAAAUUACAUCCCAAUGAAAAUUUCGACAAUUCACAAAAAUCGGUCCCCAAGAAUUUCAGGGUAUACAUAUAGAUUAUACGUCCUCCGGGGUAACAUAGCACAUUGAGACCUCUGUGAUAACCGCAGGGUUUGGUGGGAGUGGAGGAAGAAAUUUUUUCCAUGGACAGUGUGUUUUUUUGUUAAUUAUUUUACCAUAAAUUGAUCUAAACCAUGAAAGGUUGUCAGUAAAAAUUACAAUCUAAGAAAAAGCAUAAUCUUUUAUGUGAAUGAUAACAUUUUGAGGCAUAUGAUUAGAAUAUAGCAUACACAUGUUUUGAUAUAAAUACAAAUCAUUUUGAUGAAAAGAAUUCUCAUUUUGCCAUUAAUUUUUUUUAUAUGAACAAAAAAGAUAAAAGGAAAACUAUUACACAGUUAUUGCAAUAACACAGACGACCACGAAUAAGGAAAACAUAUCAAUACAAUCUUCCAACUGCCAGGAUAAUUAUGCAAGGAUUCUCAGAAUUAGGAGAUGGAGCGUUGACAAAAUAAGAUUGAUAUGAAGAUAUAAACUUGGUCGCCAAAGGCUUUAUACCCUGGAUUUUAUUCAAAAACUUCUAAGUGAGAAGAAAAAAUCUUUCGCUGUGACCUUCAAUUCGACUUUUAGAUAUAUCGAUGAAGUUUUGUCGAUUAACAAUGAUAGCUUUCAUUCAUAUGUCGAUUUGAUAUAUCCCUGUGAGCUCGAAAUAAAGGACACCACAGAGUC